AUGAGCGCUGGCAAAGUAGAUGAUGGUGAUCAGAUUGUGGCAUCGGGGGAGGCUCUCAGCGUGGUGUCAAAGUGGUUGGGCCUUAGCAGCUUCCAGGAAGCUCUAGCAGCAGACCCUGUUCAGAAUAGCACAGAUGUGGAGGAGCUGCGCCCUCCACUGCUGGGGUUGGGAGCUGACCCACGCAAGUACCACAAGGCACUGACUGCAGCGUCAAAAUUGGAGAGGAGACUGGGGCAGCGGCUGAAGGGGCAGCAGGAUGGGCAGCAAUCGAGUGCCGGCCACAGUCAAAAGAAUGGAGCCACUACUGGUCAGACAGCCGACACAGCAGAGGCAAGUGAGCAGGAGGAAGAGGAAGAGGAGGGCCGUGCAGGGGCAAUCCAGAAGCAGAAGCGGCCCUUUCAGCAGGACCUGAUGCUUUACCAAAAGAAAGGGAAGAAGAAAAGGAAGAAGAACGCACCAUGA